ACCGGCUCUUAGAGCCGGAUCGUUAGCGACCGACACAUCACUACUUCGGACCAAUGAUGAUGUCACGGUUGCCUAGAGACGUACACUAAGCCCCUGUUGCACUGCACCGCUGGACCCAGGUCGACCCGGGUCCAUUUAAUAAUGGCGUAUUAAGUUUUGUUGUGCUGCUUUCGACCAAAAAAGGUCUGAGCUAACUCCCGCUCUCCGGGUAAACUCAACCGACGCUCGCCACAGUUGUUCUUAUCUUCCCAAACUUCAGCAGUUUUCUAGUUGUUCUGCUGAGAUAGUGACAUCAACUUGUGACAUCACCAUAGUGAUGUCACAAAGAGCUAGUCACAAAAAGCUGCACACUUGAAUUCUGCAGUCAUAAGCAUUGCAGAAGAGAGAGAGAGAGAGCAAGAAGAAGGAUUGUGUUCCAACAAGAGUUUGAAGAGGAAAGUUUUUCGAGAUUAAAAGGAAUUCCUCACAAACAAAUAAAGGAAAACAUGGGGCAGAUUUUGGAUUUAUUCAGACAAAAAAGAUCAAAAGUGAGUCAGUGCAAUAAGGCUUCAUCUUCUGAUUCUGGGAAUGAAGAAAUACAGCAGAUCUUGGCAAGAGAGACAGAGAAGCUAAAUGGCAUCUUGGAAGAAGUUAACAUGAUGUCCAUUGAGAGACAGUCACUCAUCGAAGCAAACGAGGAGCUGAAGAAUAAAGUUAUAGACACAGAAAAAGCUGCACUUGCAAAAGACAAGGAAUUAAAAAAGCUCUUUGAUGUAAACAAAACUUUACAGGACGAUAACACCGCAUUGAAGCAGGAAAACACUGCACUGGGGCAAAAAAACACCAUCUUGGAAGAGGAAAAAAGCAUCCUGGAGCAGAAAAACACUGCCCUGGAGAAGGAAAAAAAUACCCUACAUCAGGAAAAAAUCAUCUUAAAGCAGAAUAAUACGGUCCUGGAAAAAGAAAAGACUGCCUUGGUGCAGAAAUACACCACUCAAAUCAGUACCCUGGAGCAGAGAAUUUCCACAUUAGACCAGGAAAACACCUCUCAGAGGGAGAGAAUGUCCACAUUAGACCGGGAAAACACCGUUCAGAGGGAGAGAUUAUCUCGUACAUUGCGGACAAAUGCCUACCUGGAGCAAAGAAUAAGGCAUUUGGAACAGCAAAACUUUGGUUAUGAGCUCGAUAACAGACACCUGCAUCACAACCUCAAUUUAAGAAGAAGGCAACAUGAGCAGAAAAAAAACUCCCUGAUGCUAACUAUCACUGCUCUGGAGGUGAAAUGCACUGCCCUGGAGCAGAAAAACACUGCCCUCGAGGAUGAAAAGACUGCUCUGGAAGAAGAAAAGAAUGCUCUGGAGGAAGAAAAGACCGCUCUGGAGGAAGAAAAGAAUGCCCUCGAGGAUGAAAAGACUGCUUUGGAGGAAGAAAAGACCGCUCUGGAGGAAGGAAAGAAUGUUUUGGAGGAAGAAAAGACCGCUCUGGAGGAAGAAAAGAAUGCUUUGGAGGAAGAAAAGACUGCUCUGGAAGAGAAAAACACCGCUCUGGAGCAAAAAAGUACCGCCCUGGAGCAGAGAAUAAAGUACUUGCAGCAGACAAACAAGACCUUGGAGCUGAUAAAUGCCAACCAGGAGCAAGUGAAGAGCUCUCUGGAGAAGGAGAACACCACCUUGGAGCAGGAAAACAAUAACCUGCAGCUUGAAUUGGAACAGCUGAGGGGCAGAAUAGGACAGGUGGUUUCAGACCAGCCACAAAAUCAGCCGACUGUAUUCAGAAGAGUGAUCAGAGGCAUCUCCAAUAUACUUCUGAAAAUGUACUUAACAGGCACUCUCAGGUACUGAAUUGAAAGAUGGUACUUCUAAAUAAAGAAGUGUCAUGAGGGCUCCAAGCUUCAUGCUUGAUUAUCGGUGGUCUCCAUGCUGACUUCCAGGGCUUCGUAGCAAGUCCCGUUGGUCUCCUGGCGGACCUCCAGGGGUAUUGAGUCCUGUCGGUCGCCCGGUCUGCAUCCAGGGCUUCGUAGCGAGUCCCGUUGGUCUCCGUGCUGGCCUCCAUGGCUUUGUAGCGAGUCCUGGUGGUCUCCGGGCUGACCUUCAGGCCUUUGUAGCGAGUCUUGUUUGUAUCCGGGCUGACUUCCAGGACUUCAUAGCAAGUCCCGUUGGUCUCCUGGCAGACCUCCAGGGCUUCGUAUUGAGUCCUGUCGGUCUCCCAGGCUGCCUCCAGGGCUUC